AUGUUCUCUGUGCAGAUUGAUGCAACACAGGAUAUUACCUCGCAGGACCAGUGUGCUGUUGUUCUUAGGUAUGUCAUAGAUGUCAUUCAUGAAAGACUCCUUGCAGUUGUGAAUGGUGAAGCAACUACAGGAGAGUAUUUUGUUCAAAUUUUGAAGAAUGUCCUAGAAAAACUUGAACUGGAUGUAAGUAAUUGCAUUGGUAAUGCCACAGAUGGAGCUUCCAACAUUCAGGGGCAUUAUAGGGGAUUUUCUGCUUUACUUUCUUCCCAUUCACCCAAUCACGGACAUGUAUGGUGUUAUGCACAUGUUUUGAAUUUAGUACUGGCAGAAACAACUGGAGCAGUAAUAGCAAGUACCUCGCUUUUCAAAUUAUUGAAUGGUAUUGCAGUCUUCAUCAGAGAAUCUUAUAAGAGAAUGAUUAUUUGGGUGAAUGAAAACGAAAGUUCUCGCCAUCAAAGCCUCUCUCCUAUCGGAGAAACACGCUGGUGGGCUAAAGAUAAUGCUUCAAGAAAAAUAUUUGGAAACUUUGGCAAGCCUGAUAAUGCCCUAUACACAGAUGUUCUGCUAACUGUGGCUAUCAUACAAAAACAUGAAAAUAUGAAAUCAGAUGUUCGCAGCAAAGCCAAAGCAUACACUGAAUCACUACUCAAAUAUGAAACCAUACUGACUGCUCAAAUAUUUCUUCGUAUAUUUGAGCAGACUAAUCCCCUGUCGAAAUAUUUACAAACAAAAAGAAUAGUUGCUACUACUAAAGAGAGUCUGGAUAAAAUAAACAGAGAUUUUGGAGGUAUUAAGGUGGUUGCAGAUAAUUUUGUUUGUUGGGCUAAUGAACAGCUAGAAGAUGAAGAGAACGCAGAUUUGGAGUUGGAGGUGCAGACAGAAUUGCCACUGAAAAUAGUUAGAAAGAAGAAAACGAUGCCUGGCGAGAAUGCUUAUGAUGAAAGGCUGAAUGACGCAGAGAGGGCUUAUGAAGUUGAGGUAUAUAAUCCAAUAUUGGACAAAGUCACACAGAGCUUCAGUGAUCAAUUUCCUUCUCAUGGGACUCUUUACAACGAUUUAUCGAUUCUAGACCCAAGAAAUUUUGAUCAGCUAAAGAACAGCAAUGUUGAAGAGUAUGAGUCUUUAUUUAAAGAACUCAGUAAGCCAUUGCUUAAGUUCGACAGCCGGGCAACAGCUGAAAACUGGAAGAUGGAAUGA